AUGGCCCGGCUGUGGGAGUUUGCUGAAGAUGGGCCGAUCAAAGGACCUCUGAAGACUGAUUUCGAGAAUUGGGGCCAGGUCAUGAUCGAUACGAUGACAGUGGAGGCAUUCAAGGGCAAUCCAACACCGGUCUUCGAGCUUGACCCAGAAGAAUACAGGGAGUGGCCGCCUAAGCCGGUUCUGCAGACCAUUGCAAGGGAACUGAAUCAAUCCUACACUGUUUUCAUCAAGCGCGUCGAAGAAGGCCGUGACGGGCAUGUGAAAUACCUGAUUCGAUCGUUCACGCCGGAAAAAGAAGAGCUUUUCUGUGGACACGGCAUCAUGGGGGCAGCGAUCGUGCUGAGUGAACAGCUCGCACCCGGUUGGAGACAAUUGAUCUUUGAGACGAUCUGUGGGAUCAGAGUCGACGGCUACACGCGAGACGCUUCAUCGUUGGAUGGCAAUCUCGGGGACAUCUGGACGGUGAAGCUUGAGCUGCCUGCUGAGCCGGUCAUAGAGUGGUUCGACGGAGACGUGAAGCUUCGGGAAACCAUCGCGAAGAGCCUCGGCGUCGACGUACCCGAGAUUCUGGCACUGGGAAGGAAUGCUUUGAUGGAUCUGGUGAUCGAGGUGAGCGAAGAGGUCGACUUCUCUGCGGCAAGCAUGACUGUCGAUGCCGUGGGGUUGAUGAAUGCUUCUCCUCGCGGGACAAGAAGCCAGGUCAUCACCAGCAAGGGAGGUCGAUACGGGGUCGACUUCGCAAAGCGCGUGUUCGCAUAUGGAUGUGAAGAUCAAGCGACCGGAUCAACCCAUUGUGUUUUGAUACCGUACUGGGCUUCCCGAUUGAACAAGUCGGCUAUGAAGGUGAAGCAAGUCUCUGAGCGCACAGGGGUGGUUGACGUGCAAACCACGCGCCAACGGUCUCUGGCUGCGGAGGAUGACAUCUACUCCAAGCUUCCGGGCAUCGACCCGUCCAAGUUAGAGGUCACAAAGACCAUCACCCCCAAAGAGCUGGUACCGAAUAAAGAUCUUGUAUUCGGGAGGACUUUUACCGACCACAUGCUGUCCAUUGAAUGGACGGCGUCGCAGGGCUGGCUGCCCCCUCGAAUAACGCCCUACCAAAACCUCUCACUAGAUCCCGCAACCUGCGUGUUCCAUUACGCCUUCGAAUGCUUCGAGGGCAUGAAAGCAUACAAGUGCCUCAAAGAUAACUCUCUGCGACUGUUCAGACCGGAAAAGAACAUGGAGCGCAUGAACAAGUCUGCCGCCCGCAUCGCGCUCCCUACUUUCGAAGGCGACAAGCUUAUAGACCUGAUCGGCAAGCUGUGCGUGUUGGACGAACGCUUCAUCUCGGCUGAGAAGGGAUACUCACUAUAUAUCCGACCGACACUGAUCGGGACGCAAAGAACGCUGGGUGUUGGACCACCGGGCUCUGCGCUGCUGUACGUCAUUGCCUCCCCAGUCGGACCGUACUAUCCCACGGGUUUCAAAGCCAUCUCGCUAGAGGCCACCGACUACGCUGUUCGCUCUUGGCCAGGCGGCGUGGGCGACAAGAAACUGGGCGCCAACUACGCGCCCUGCAUCGUCCCGCAACUGAAGGCAGCGAAAAAAGGUCUGCACCAGAAUCUCUGGCUCUUCGGGCCCGAAGAAUACAUCACCGAGGUCGGCACGAUGAAUCUCUUCGUCUGCAUCAAGAACAAAGAGACUGGCCAAAAGGAACUGCUGACCGCGCCGCUGGACGGGACCAUCUUGGAAGGCGUGACGCGCGACUCGGUGCUCGCGUUGGCCCGAGAGCGUCUCGAGCCCGAAGGUUGGAACGUCGCCGAACGGUACGUCAAGAUGCAAGACUUGGCCGAAGCCGAGAGCGAAGGAAGGCUGAUUGAGGUGUUUGGCGCGGGCACCGCCGCCAUCGUGGCCCCCGUGCGCAACAUCGCCUGGAAGGACCGCGUGCUGCACUGCGGGCUGAAACCCAAUGAAGAGGCCGGUGAGGUGGCGAGCCGCAUGAAGAGCUGGAUCGAGGGCAUCCAAUAUGGCGACGAGGAGCAUCCCUGGAGCUAUAAGAUUCCCGCCUGA